AUGGCUCAAGUCGAUACUCUGGACAUUGUUGUCCUCGUGCUCCUCUUGUUGGGCAGCGUCGCCUACUUUACGAAGGGGACAUACUGGGCCGUACCCAAGGAUCCCUAUGCCACCUCCGCCCUCAAUGGCACCGCCUCGAAGAAAGGAUCACGAAAUAUUGUUGAGAAGAUGGAGGAAUUGGGAAAGAACUGUGUCAUCUUCUACGGUUCUCAAACUGGCACCGCAGAGGAUUACGCUUCCCGCCUGGCAAAAGAAGGUCAUGCUCGAUUUGGCCUGAACACCAUGACUGCCGACCUGGAAGAGUAUGACUACGAAAACCUUGACACCUUCCCCGAAGAUAAAGUCGCGUUCUUCGUCAUGGCCACCUACGGCGAGGGCGAGCCGACGGACAAUGCCGUCGAAUUUUGGGAGUUCAUCAACGGCGACCCGCCUUCUUUUUCCGAGGGCGAGGAAGACAAGCCGUUGAAGAACCUGAAAUAUGUGACAUUCGGCCUCGGCAACAAUACCUACGAACACUACAACCUGAUGGUCCGCAACUUGGAUAAGCAAUUGACCAAGCUCGGUGCGCAGAGGAUCGGCACCGCUGGCGAGGGGGACGAUGGAGCCGGCACCAUGGAAGAAGACUUUUUGGGCUGGAAGGAACCCAUGUGGGCUGCCCUGACCGAAGCGAUGGGUCUGGAAGAACGGGAAGCUGUCUACGAGCCUGUCUUUAGCGUGGAGGAGAGAGAAGAUCUUUCCCCCGACAGCGACACCGUCUACCUGGGCGAACCCAACAAGAACCACCUCGAAAACACCCAGAAAGGCCCGUACAAUGCUCACAAUCCGUUUAUCGCGCCUAUUGCCGAGUCUCGAGAAUUAUUUACCGUCAAGGACCGAAACUGUCUCCACAUGGAAAUCGACAUCUCUGGUUCCGGCCUCACCUAUACGACAGGCGACCAUAUUGCCGUCUGGCCCACCAACGCGGGCUUGGAAGUAGACCGACUUCUCAAGGUUUUUGGACUGUACGAGAAACGCGACAGGGUCAUCAACUUGAAGGCCAUCGACCCAACUGCCAAAGUCCCCUUUCCCACCCCCACCACCUACGACGCCGCCGUUCGCUAUCAUAUGGAAAUCUGCGCACCCGUUUCCCGUCAAUUCAUAGCCACUCUGGCUGCCUUCGCACCAACCGAGGAGGCCAAGAAGGAAAUGGUUCGCUUGGGCUCUGACGCGGACUACUUUAAAGAAAAGGUCUCUUCGCACAUGUUGAACAUUGCUCAGGCAGUUGCUGCCGUGCAUCCCGGCCCCUGGUCCGCUGUUCCUUUCUCUUGUCUGGUGGAAGGUAUCAACAAGAUACAACCGCGCUACUACUCUAUUUCGUCGUCAUCCCUCGUUCAGCCAAACAAGGUCUCCAUUACCGCCGUGGUCGAAUCCAUCCGCAUUCCUGGCGCUGGUCACGUGGUCAAGGGCGUCACCACCAACUAUUUGCUGGCGUUGAAGCAGAAACAGAAUGGCGAUCCUGAUCCUUCACCCCAUGGUCUCACUUAUGCCAUUACCGGCCCUCGCAACAAGUACGAUGGAAUCCACGUCCCCGUCCAUGUGCGUCACUCCAACUUCAAACUCCCGUCUAACUCUAGCAAACCGAUCAUCAUGGUUGGGCCUGGCACUGGUGUGGCUCCGUUCCGAGGUUUUGUUCAAGAGCGGGCCGAACAGGCAAAGAAGGGUGAGGAGGUUGGGACGACGGUGCUGUUCUAUGGCUGCCGGAGGCCAACCGAAGACUGGCUCUAUAAGGAUGAGUGGGAGGAGUACAAGAAAGCCCUGGGGGACAAGCUGAUCAUCUUCAAUGCCUUUUCUCGGGAGACCAAGCAGAAGGUCUACGUGCAACACCUGAUUCAGCAGAACGGCAAACUGGUCAACGAACUCCUACAACAAAAGGCCAAUUUCUACGUGUGCGGUGAUGCUGCGCACAUGGCCCGAGAAGUGAAUGACAUUCUGGCCCAGAUCAUCGCAGCCGAACGAGGAAUAGACGAGCAGAAGGGCGAGCAGGUGGUGAAGAGCAUGCGCAGCAGUGGCGCGUACCAGGAAGAUGUGUGGUCAUAA